UGAUGAUCAGUGUGCCCUGAUGAUCAGUGUAGCCCCAGCAGUGCCACCUGUCAGUGUCCAUCAGUGCCAGCUGUCAGUGCCCAUCAAUGCCACCUGCCAGUGCCCAUCAAUGCCACAUAUCAGUGCCCAUCUGAGCUGCCUUUCAGUGUCACCUAUCAGUGCCAUGCCAGUCAGUGCCACCUAGCAGUGCCACCUAUCAGUGCCAUAUGUGAGUGCUGCCUUUCAGUGCCCAUCAGUGAUGCCUGCCAAUGCCCAUCAGUGGCACCUACCAGUGCCUCCUCAUCAGUGCCCAUCAGUGCAGCCUAUCAGUGCCCAUCACUGCAGCCUCAUUAGCGCACAUCAGUGAAGGAGAAAAAUCACUUAUUUACAAAAUUUUAUAA